CGGGCCUCUCUGUAAGCUAGAUCGUCCUCGGCGCCGUCGCUUUCCACCUUCCCCUCCCCUCCGUCACCAACCACGGUUGCUUCAGGGGCGGAGCAAUGCGGCGAGACAAGGAUCUGCGCCCGCCAUGGACAGGCACACACCAGAUAGAUUCAGAGGGAGGUGGAGCGGCGCCAUCACCACCACCUCCGUCACGCACGCGAUUUCUUCCUUUUUUUUUUCAAAUCGAUUAGUAGUUCAGCUCGAGUCCUCGUUACGCAACUCAGCUCAACCAACCGGCGUCGGCCAGCUGAUGAGUGAUCGAUCGAGCUGCAUGUCUGGCCGGCCGCGCCGCGCCUGGUGUGACGUGCCAUCUCCAUGGCCAUGGCCAUCUCUCUCCCCCCCUGCCUGCUUCUUGGCCUUUUAUUCGCCCUGCCUCUAGCUUCUUCCUCCAGGAUCGGAAUCGGAUCUUGGUGCUUCCCAAGCUAGUUAGCAAGCAGCAGCCGUGCUAGCUGGUGUUACUGCUACGUUCUUGCAGAGGCCGCCGCCGGCCGGCCGGCUCCUCGCUCAUCCACCGACGAUGGGGCUCCGCGACUCCUCCGUGCUGCUGGCCGCUCUGUCCCUCGCGCUCGCCUACUGCUCCGUUUCAGUGGUGGCCUACGAUCCCCUGGACCCUCGGGGCAACAUCACGAUAAAGUGGGACGUGAUCUCAUGGACGCCCGACGGGUACGUGGCGAUGGUGACGAUGAGCAACUACCAGAUGUACCGGCACAUCAUGUCCCCGGGCUGGACGGUGGGCUGGUCGUGGGCGAAGAAGGAGGUGAUCUGGUCCAUCGUCGGCGCGCAGGCCACGGAGCAGGGCGACUGCUCCAAGUUCAAAGGCGGCAUCCCUCACUGCUGCAAGCGCACCCCCGCCGUGGUCGACCUCCUCCCCGGGGUGCCCUACAACCAGCAGAUCGCCAACUGCUGCAAGGCCGGCGUCGUGUCGGCGUACGGCCAGGACCAGGCCGGCUCCGUCUCCGCGUUCCAGGUCUCCGUCGGCCUCGCCGGCACCACCAACAAGACGGUCAAGCUCCCCAAGAACUUCACCCUCAUGGGUCCGGGGCCAGGGUACACCUGCGGGCCGGCGACCGUCGUCCCGUCCACCGUGUACUGGACGCCCGACCACCGGCGACGGACGCAGGCGCUCAUGACCUGGACCGUCACCUGCACCUACUCGCAGCAGCUGGCGUCCAAGUACCCGUCCUGCUGCGUCUCCUUCUCCUCCUUCUACAACGACACCAUCGUGCCCUGCGCCAAGUGCGCCUGCGGCUGCGGCCAUGGCGGCCACGCCGGACCGGGAGGCUGCAUCGAGGGGGACUCCAAGCGCGCGCUGUCGCCGGGAGUGAACACGCCGCGGAAGGACGGGCAGGCGCUGCUGCAGUGCACGCCGCACAUGUGCCCUGUCCGUGUGCACUGGCAUGUCAAGCUCAACUACAAGGACUACUGGCGCGCCAAGAUCGCCAUCACCAACUUCAACUACAGGAUGAACUACACGCAGUGGACGCUGGUGGCGCAGCACCCAAACCUGGACAAUGUCACCGAGGUCUUCAGCUUCCAGUACAAGCCGCUGCUACCAUACGGCAGCAUCAAUGACACUGGCAUGUUCUACGGGCUCAAGUUCUACAACGAUUUUCUGAUGGAGGCCGGGCCGUUCGGGAACGUGCAGUCGGAGGUGCUCAUGCGCAAGGACGCCAGGACAUUCACCUUCAGCCAGGGAUGGGCCUUCCCGCGCAAGAUCUACUUCAACGGCGACGAGUGCAAGAUGCCGCCGCCGGACUCGUACCCGUACCUGCCCAACGCCGCGCCCGUCGCCGCCUCGCAGCUGGUCGUGUCCGCCGCCGCCUCAGCGUUCCUACUGGCGCUGCUCCUGGUGGCAUGACCGAUCAGGGCCUCCAUUUCUUCUUCCUUUAAUUUGUUUCCCUUCCACCUCUCAUCCGUCGCCGUCUUCAUCAAUCCCAUUCCCGUGGGCAGGCAGGGGGCAGCAGAGCAGAGUAGGCAGGGCAUAUUGGUUGCCAAGACUUCAACACUUGGGUUUUGCUUCGCUUAAUUGCUUCGUCAGAGGGAAACUGUCAUGUACUGUAUGUAAUGUAACUUCCCAGUUGCAGGUCGUCAGAUGGCAAGACAAUCAGGCUGGCAGACUUUUUGGGUCUGCAACUACUAUUAGAGAGCCUGCCUGAGCGAGAGAGAGAAAAAAAAGCAGACAUAUAGAGCACACAUGAUUUCUGUGAUUUCGUACUGUAUACAUAAUCCAGAUACUCUGUUCGAAUGAUAUAUGAAUCAACAUACUGAACAUCAGGAUGCUUUUCUGAACCAAA